AUGCUGGAUUUUGCUGUUCCUCAUACGCCGCCUCGAAGUGCCUCCAAGCCGAAAAACCAAAAGCUGUUCCCCGUGUUCCAGCUUCCGCUUCAGACGCCAAAAACCCCAAAGAGAAAAGUUGACAAGAAACUCACCACUCCGGGCCAACAACCACAGGGCCUGCUAUUGCCGCCCACUCCUGAUUUCACGCCCCACAAGUCGCCUCGCAGAAGGAGAAAGUUGAUUGUUGAGGAACUAUUCGCCGUCUCUGAGAAUGUCGGCCUGCUAUUGCCCAACCAUGCUAUGGUGGGAAGCGGAAGAAGGCUGCUACCGCUGCAGAAACCACUCAAAUCAGCAUUGGACUUCGAGGACUUUUCGCUGAUCCACAGUAAGUUGGAUUUCGAGGAGGACCUUUUCGAAGAUCUGUUUGAAGCAAACCUCAUGGCCAGCCCGACGAAAAAGAGGCACGUGAAAGGGCCAAAGCACGAGAAGCAAGUGGCCCAAACUCCAGGAAACCAGCUCAUCACCGACGAAAAAGUCAACCUGUGGCAUGGAAAGUCUUUCAACACGUGUUUUUCGUCAGACGAAGAGUCUGACGUCGAACUGGCACCACACGAACUCCACAACCCGUUUUUGGACCCGCCUGCUGUGCAGAAAAAGACCUUGUCGAAAGCUUUCCAGUCGAAACUGCCAGUCGACUACUCGACUCAUAUAGAGUACAUUAACCACCGCACAGGUGAACGCAGAGUAGAAGAGCUUACGGAAGAACAGAAACAAUUCAAACCAAAGAAAAUCGACUUUUCAAAAAUAUAG